AUGCAGCAACAUCUUCUGACCUGCUUUAAAUGCCCACAAGCCGUAAAAAAACAAAUUAACGAUGUCAAUAAGUCACAAUCCAACUUAACACCAGAAUCCACAACCACUUCAUUGAACUCGGAGAACACAUCGACCGAGAAUAUUAGAGAUUUAAGAGAAGAGUUUGCGAAGGCUCUAUUAAUCACGGGAACACCUCUAGCAAUGGUAAAACACCCAUUGUGGCCAACGCCCGAUAUUAAAUUUACACUUUUAGAUGAAGAUUUCUGGUCUAUGAUAGAACAAUCCAUCAGUGUUCUUGAGCCUAUAGCAGAAAGUAUCUUUAAACUAGAAGGCAACGAAUUCAACAUACAUAAAAUGUUUGAUCCUAAAUCUGCAGGCAUUGAACUAAAUCAGGCGGAAGAAACUGAAGCUAUGGAAUUAAUCUAUAACCUCGCUGAGCAUUGCAACAUUGACUGUCUUGCUGACCUGGUUAAAUAUAAAGCUGAAGAAGGUCUUUGGAGCAAACCAUUUACUUGGAAGGCCGCUGAGAAAGUAAAUCCCAUUUUAUGGUGGAAGGGGAUAUGUGGCUCAAGUCAGUUAAGUAUAGUUGCACUUAGAGUAUUGACUGCACCCUGCACGUCGGCAGCCACCGAACGGUCGUUCAGCACACAGGGAUUUAUACAUAGUGCUAAAAGAAACCGUCUCACAUCAGAAAGAGCGGCGAAAAUAACUUUCUUAUCGUAUAAUUGGAACCUAUUAAAUAAAGGUGAAAACAUAAAUCGUGUUUACAGUGAAGAUACUGUUCCAGAAAGGUCCGACAUGGAAGACACAGAUGAUGAUAUGUUGCACGAUGCUGCCAUGGAGGGUCACACGCAAGAGGAUAUGGAUUCUUCUCUCAGGGAACUCCCUAUAUAA